ACACAGGGAGAGAGGAGGGGAGAGAGAGGAAAAAGAGAGAGAUGUCAGGGAGCUAGAAACAGAGUCAGAGACAGAGACAGACCGAGAAAGCGAGGACAUAACAAGAGAGGAGAAGAAAUGUGAAGAAACACCAGAGAGGACAGUAAGAGGCUAAAAAAAGUCAUCCCUUGAAUAUUUUUUUGUGGCAAUGGAUCUCUUAAAGUACUGAGGUUUACUUGCGAACACUCUGUAGGAUUCUGCAUGUGCAAGUAGUACGGUGUGCUUCCUCUUGAGCUAGAAACAGAGCACCUGUCUUGGCUAUAUGCCUGUUUGCACUCGUGUAGUAUUUUGUGGCCACAGUUAAAAGGAUCGGUGUGCAUCAGUGUGUAUUCGGACACAGCUAUGAGACACAGAGAGAGGAUGGGAGCCCUUCGACUCUCCCUUGCUCUUUUCUUCCUCCUCUCCUCUCCCGUACAAGCCCAGUGGUUUCGUUUAAUCUGGGGUAGCUCUAAAACCAGCUCCAACUCUUCUUCUACCUCUGUUCCUCCCUCCAUCACCUCUCCAUCCAUCACCUCCCCUGGCCCCUCUGACAGCCCAUGGACAACAGAGCUGGUGGGUAAGGAGGACAGGGUGACUGGAGUGUUAAUCUCUGGCCAUAGCACUGCAAAACCUGGGAUGGUACAUCCAGAGGAGAACGCAGGUGGAGGCAGCAAAACCCGGUCCCAAUACAAACCACUGAAACACUGGAAGAGUGAGCGAGGCUCGGGAGGUCAUCUGGACCUGACUGAGUUAAUUGGCGUACCCCUCCCUCCCUCAGUCUCUUUCACUCCUGGCUAUGAGGGUUUUCCAGCCUACAACUUCGGGCCUGAAGCCAACAUCGGUCGGCUCACCAAGACCUUCGUGCCAGGGUCAUUCUACAAGGACUUUGCCAUCAUUGUCACGGUGCGUCCAGCCAGCCAAAGAGGAGGCAUACUCUUUGCCAUCACUGAUGCCCGUCAAAAGGUGGUGGAGCUGGGUUUGGCCCUCACUGCAGUUCGUGGGGGCCUCCAGAGCAUCUUAUUGUACUACACUGAUAGUGAGCAAGCCUCCCAUAGCCACAAAGCCGCAGCCUUCAGUGUCCCAGAUAUGACAGACCAGUGGACACGGUUUACGGUGGUGGUGGAGCAUGAUGAGGUGCGUCUCUACAUGGACUGUGGAGAGGCAGAGAGGGCUACUUUCCAUCGGAGGCCAGAAAGACUCACUUUUUCUCACAACUCAGGCAUCUUUGUAGCUAAUGCAGGAAGCACAGGGCUUGUCAAAUUUGUGGGCUCCAUCCAGCAGCUGGUGAUAAAAGAUGACCCUCGGGCAGCUGAGGAGCAGUGUGAAGAUGAUGAUCCUUAUGCCUCGGGAUACGCCAGCGGAGAUGAUGCUCUGGAUGACAGAGAGCCUGAGGAGGAAACGAUGAAGAACACACAGGAGAGAAAACACAGCACAGCACAGGGGGAGGACAGUGUUCCAGUAAGAGCUCCACCCACGGAGGUCCCGGAAGUGGAGAUUGAUGAGUAUUCUGGUCACAUGACACCAACAGAGGCCAAUGAGGAAAUGCUGAUGAGAGGGCCACAGCAAACAGAGGAGGCAGGAGAGAGAUCAGGAGAUGGUCAUGUCAGGCCGGGGUUAAAAGGAGCGCGUGGAGAUCCCGGACCACCUGGCCCACCUGGUCCUCCAGGACCUACCCCUCUACCUGGGCAAGCUCAGCCUGGACCAAGGGGGCCACAAGGGCCACCAGGGACCCCCGGAUCCCCCGGACUGCAAGGAAGAGAUGGACAGCAGGGAAGCAAGGGUAAUAAAGGAGAUUCAGGUCAGAGAGGACCUCAAGGAUUUCCAGGUUUGGAUGGAGAAGCUGGAGCCAAAGGAGAGAAGGGAGACCCAGGAAUUGGUUUACCAGGCCCUCCCGGCCUCCCUGGGCCACCUGGACCCCCGAGAUCACGCAGUGUACCUUAUGGACCAGAUGCACUGGGUUCUGGCUUUGAAGACCUGGAGAGUGACACCGAACUCAUCAGGGGUCCUCCUGGUCCACCAGGACCUCCAGGUCCUCCUGGUCCCCCUGGACCCAGCCAGUCACCUGACACAGAUGAAGGCAUCCCUCCUGGUCAUGCUGGACCACCAGGUGCCCCUGGCAGAGACGGGCUCUCAGGCAAACCUGGAAUACCAAUGUUUGAGGAAUGGUUUAGUGGUUCUGGGCCUGAUGAGUCAGGUUUGAGCUCAGAGUUGUCCUCCGACCUCGGCUCAGACCUCGGCUCUGGUUUCAGUUCUGGGUUCAGCUCUGAAACCAGUUUUGCCUCUGGGUCUGGGCUUGUCUUCGGGUCUGCUUGGGGUUCAGGCGAGGGUCUCGCAGGAAAAGAUGGGGCUCCAGGUCUACCAGGAGCUGUCGGAGAGAAGGGUGACCAAGGGUUACCUGGGCCACCUGGACCAAAGGGUGAAUGUGGGUCUUUGGGCACAGCAGGGCCUCAAGGGCCUCAAGGGCCCAAAGGGCCCAGUGGCCCACAGGGGAAGAGAGGCCCAGUAGGUCCACCAGGACCCCCUGGACCUCCAGGAACCAAAUUCUUUGUAGAGGAUAUGGAGGGAUCUGGGAAGAGUGACAUGCUCGUUGGAGCUGGAGUCAAAGGCCCACAGGGUCCCCCUGGUCCACCUGGCCCACAAGGACGUAAGGGUGAGGAUGGAUCCCCAGGAGCUCCAGGGCUCUCUCUCAAGGGUGAACCAGGAGACCCAGGACCAGAGGGCCUUCAGGGUCCUGCUGGACUACCAGGUCCAAGGGGGGCCAAAGGAGAAAAAGGCAGCCCAGGACCUAAGGGAGAUCGCGGCGCUGAUGGACGCAGUAUCCCAGGACCGCCUGGGCCUGUUGGACCUCCUGGACCUGUUAUUAAUCUGCAGGAUCUGCUCCUCAAUGUUACAGAAGGUGUUCUCAACUUCACGGAGAUGAGAGGACCACCAGGGCCCAUGGGCCCUGAAGGCUGGCCAGGCAGAGCCGGAUUUCCUGGUCCCAGAGGACCAAAGGGAGAAAUAGGUGCUCCAGGUAACCAGGGGCAAUCGGGGCUCAAGGGAGAGAAAGGAGAGCCAGGUGUGAUCAUUGCUGCUGACGGAUCUCUCUUAUCUGCACCGAGAGGCCCCCAAGGGCCCAAAGGCAUUAAGGGUGACCGUGGGCUCCCAGGACCGGCCGGAGUUAGGGGCCCAGUAGGACCUACUGGACAAAAAGGAGAAUACGGCUUCCCCGGUCGCCCGGGGCGACCUGGUUUGCCUGGAAGGAAAGGUGAUAGAGGAGAUUCUGUUGGUCUGCAGGGACCGCCAGGUCCUCCAGGCCCACCUGGACUUCCAGGAAGAAUUCUUGGUCUCAACGGAACAGUGUUCCCGGUGCGCCCCAGACCGCACUGCAAAAAGGGACGAGAGUCAGUGACGAGGGGAGAUUCAGUUGGAGCUAAAGGUGACAAAGGAGAUGAGGGAAUACCUGGAGAACCAGGCACACCCGCACCUGGAUUUCUAGAUGGAAUUGUGGGUGCUAGAGGUGAUCAGGGCUACAAAGGUCAGAAGGGAGAAAAGGGUGACUCCGGUCUGCCUGGUUCUCCAGGACUGCCUGGGAGGUCAGGACUUGUGGGUCCAAAAGGUGAGUCCAUUGUUGGUCCGCCAGGUCCAGUUGGUUCUCCAGGCCUGCCUGGAGCCCCUGGAUUCGGACGACCUGGAAACCGUGGCCCCCCCGGCCCCCCCGGCCCUGCUGGACCCCCAGGACCUCCAUCUGCAUAUGAAUCAGCUGUCAGUAUGCCUGGCCCUCCUGGUCCUCCCGGUCCACCAGGAUCUCCAGCAUAUGACAACCUGGUGACCACCUAUAAAACAAUCCACGCGUUAACCAGAGAGGGUCAACGGGCUCCAGAGGGAACCCUGGCUUACGUGUCUGAGAGGGGAGGCGAGUUGUACAUCAGAGCACGUAAUGGCUGGCGCAAGAUCCAGCUUGGAGAGUUGAUCCCUAACGGACCUUCCUCCUCAGCGGCAUCUCAGGCCCUCAGCAGACCUGAAGAAUGGGGCAGACCACACAGGAUUCACAGCCAGGAGCUGCAGGAGGGCAGUAGAGGAUAUCAGCCCAGCUAUAAUCUACUACCACAGACCUUCGACGCUGUUCCCGGGCUCCACCUGGUAGCGUUGAACGCGCCUCUGAGAGGGGAUAUGCGCGGCAUCCGGGGGGCAGACUUCCAGUGCUACCAGCAGGCGCGUUCCAUGGGACUCACAGCCACAUACAGGGCCUUCCUGUCCUCCCACCUCCAGGACCUGGCAACCAUCGUGAGGAAGGCGGACCGCAAUGACAUGCCAGUGGUUAAUCUGAGAGGUGAAGUGCUGUUCAGCAGUUGGAUGUCCCUCUUCUCUGGGAACGGAGGCACAUUUAACCCGUCCACACCCAUCUACUCCUUUGACGGACGCAACAUUAUGACUGAUUCAGCAUGGCCAGAGAAGUUGGUGUGGCACGGCUCCAGUGCUCUGGGCAUCCGUCUGACCACCAACUACUGCGAGGCGUGGCGGACGGCUGACAUGGCGGUGACGGGCCAGGCCGCGCUGCUGCAGACCGGGCGACUGCUGGGACAACACACCCGCUCCUGCUCCAACCACUACAUCGUGCUGUGUGUAGAGAACACAUAUGUGGGCAACACACAUCCCAGGAGGACCUGAAGAGACAGAGGAAGCACACACACACAUUUGUACAGUGACACAUAAAGAAACACACAUGCAGGCAUGCUGAAAGUAGAAAAUGUGACACGUGAAUGGGAAACACAUGCAGGCACAUACACACACUAUGAUGACAUGUCACGGGUCGCGUAAAAACGACACUCGAGUACAGACUGCGGGCACUUCUGUUCACACAUGCAGACACGCAGAUAAAACAGUCAGAGAUGUUAAGAUGCAGAAGCAGGCUCCCACACUCAAGCACUGAAACAUGCACACACACACACAUUAAAGUUCCUUUCAUUUUGUUUGGUUUCAUCUUUAGUUCCCACCUGGACCUAGGCGUAACCUUGCCACGCAGCCGUCCAUGUCUAGAUUUCAAUUAUUUAUAUUCACUCUGAACAUGUAACAGCACAACAUGUCACCACGGAGGACUUGGGGAUUUCUCUGCACAUGUUGAUGUUGAAAAGAAAUGUCUGGGAUCUCAUUUAUUGUCUUAAUCUGAGUAGAUCUGAGUAACUUAAAGGGCCACAGCGGUGUUUUUUGCACUGCUUGAUGCCGGGAAAAUUUCUGACACACAACAGUGUAGUUUGCAAAAUGGUUGGCUGUGAUGUAAAAUAUACAGUAAACUUUGUAGUAAAUGGCCCAAAACUUGCAAAACUACUGCUAUGGCCUUUUAAGUCAGUGUUUGCUUUCCUUUGCAGAGAAACAACCAAUUGUAAUUUUUCUCAACACUAUUGUAGAUUCUCAUUAUUUUCCAUUUCUAUGGAACAGAAAUUUGGGUAAACAUGACCCACGUAUGAAUUUCAGCCUCAUAUCUGAUAUCAUGACAGUGUUUUAGUUUAGACUGAGUCUUGUGUAUCAAGGCCGGCUGUUUGCGAAGACUUGUGAGGAGAUGGACAACAUUUACUGUGGAGCAGUGCCACGUGACUAACAGUUUCCAGGUUGUUCCAGAAAUCAAAUAACCAGGUGUGAGUCAUUUAGGAUGAUGAUUUCUCUGUGGAGGAUCAAACUGGCAAGAUUCGAUAUUUUUGUUAUUGUCAACAAAUCCCAUGAAAAACCAAAACCAACGAUGUGUUAAUCCUUCUCUCGGUAUUUUCCCACUUUUCCUACCCUGUCUGUGGCCCUCAGCCCCGAGCCCUGCUGGAGACAGAAAGCUUUAAAAACAAGGUCAAGAAAACAGCUCGUGGAUGUAUGCUUUAUUAUAGAAAAAAACGGCUCAGUUAUGUGCUAAAACAGCUGGGCACUGCAGCUUUUAGCAAGCGCUUACUCAAACAAGAGGAAAAUGUGCUUUUGGUGGGGACUAUUUUCAGCAGCGGAUGAAUCAAUAUUUAGUGCUCUUGUGGGCGUUUUGAUUGAGUCCGAGUAAACUAGCGUGUGUGUGUUCAUGGUAAUGAAGGAGCAUGUCACCCAGUGCGACAGUGCGGCUCACUGAAGUGUAUUUGACAGUUUCUGAACAACAAUGGAGCUCUGUGACACAGAGGAAUAAGAUACAUCAGGCUCUGGAUACGCACACGAUACUUAGUAGGAUACAUUCACUGUGAUUUGCUGACAAUAAAAAAACAUAUGGAAUAUCACCAGACUUUCUUUUACAUAGGACAAUGUGAACCAUUUCAAAAACAGAUAGUAUAGUGUACAUAUUCUUCCUGACAUAGUUUAGAUGUAAAUACACUGUAUGUAAACGACCUCCUAGCAACAGUCAUCCAAUCAGAGCCUCACUUACUCACAUUUCCUCCAUCUUUUUUUCUGGCCUAAAUCCAGCAACAACUGUCUGGAUUUUCCCAUAAACAUUUUACCACUAAGUUCUUGUCUCCAUUUGUUGAAUCUACAGAUAUUAAAUCCAUAUUGAAGAGCUUAGUCAUGCAAGAUGAAAAAAUAAACGAUCGAAGGCACAGAGAAGCUUAGCUCCACUUACGACGCUGAUAACAUUGAAGGCUCACUUCGUAAUCACAGUAUGCCGCCCCCUGCUGAAAACCUGCUGACUCACCCCCACCUUUGUUUACACUGACCCCUUUAUCAAUGAUUGCCUGAACAAAUUCAAGUCAAAUUCAGGAUAUUUACACAGGACUGAAGCUCUGCUGGACUUUAGUCCUGCUGCUUUCGACAAAGUGAUCUGAACUAGCCUCAAAAUUAACAUCUGUGCUUUAGCUUUAGAGUUGAAAUCAAUGUGUGAUUUUCAUUAAUUUAUACUGUAGUGUGACAUAGUCUAGGCUGUUCACUUUAAGAUCUUGAUGAAGUUGGAACACACACACACACACACACACACACACACACACACACACACACACACAUAUAUAUAUACAUAUACACAUACAUAUAUUUACAUAUAUGUGUGUUUGUGUGUUUGUGUGUGUGUGUGUGUGUGUGUGUGUAUGUAGUGUUGUUGUCCAUAUGUUUUUGUUUUUUACUCUGUAGAGGUAAGUUUUGUAUGACGCACACUAAACGACUAAGCCCUACUCUCACCACGCAUCGAUGGAGAUGUAGUUCCAGUGUUGUGCCUGUAAAGGUCAAACAGGCCUGGCAAAAAGGCACAGAAUGCUUGAAAUGUUUUGAUUUUCAAAGAGGUGUUAGUUUUCCUGAUGUCUGAUUAUGAAGUUUCCAUUCAAACUUGAGCUUCUGAGAAAAGAGAACAUUUGUACUGACUGGUGCUCAUGGAAUAAAUGUCUUAUUUUGUGUGUUUUUUUUUU